ACGAGGUGCACGGCGAUGGUGGCGCCGGCGCGGGGGCGGGGGCGGUUCGUGGUGGAGAAGAGCAGCGUGAGGGUGCUGGCGCCGGAGCACAUCCGGGGCCACCACGACGCCGCCAUCGGCAACUUCGGGGUGCCCGACUACGGCGGCACGCUCACGGGCGUCGUGCUCUACCCGGACAAGAAGGCCACCGGAUGCGCCGAGUUCCCGGCCAGGUUCAAGUCCAAGACCGGCCGCCCCGUCGACCUCCUGCUCGACCGCGGAGACAGCAAGAAGAGUAGAUUCAGACAUGGAUGCAGUCUAAAAAAACAGCCAUUGCAUUUGUUGGUGCCCAUUUCAUUUGAUCCGGAGCUUCCGGGGGCACGCCCAGAUCCUGGACCGAGUCGAUGCCGCACCCGGACGAGCGCGUGGAGUACGAGCUCUGGACCAUCAGCAACGACGAGUGCAGCCCCCGGUGCGGCGAGCAGGUGGCCUUCGUCCGGAGCUUCCGGGGGCACGCCCAGAUCCUGGAGCGCGGCGGCUACGCCCGGUUCACGCCGCACUACAUCACCUGUUACUGCCCCGAGGCGUUCCGGCUCACGCGGCAGUGCCAGUCGCAGUGCAUCAACCACGGCCGGUACUGCGCGCCGGACCGGGAGGAGGACUUCGGGGAGGGGUACGAGGGGAAGCAGGUGGUGGUGGAGAACCUGCGGCAGCUGUGCGUGCACCGGGUGGCGAACGAGAGCGGGCGGCCGUGGGCGUGGUGGGACUUCGCCAUGGACUACAAGCUGCGGUGCUCCAUGAAGGAGAAGAAGUACAGCAAGGCGUGCGCGGAGGAGGUGGUGGCAUCGCUGGGGCUCUCGCUGGAGAAGGUGCUGGCGUGCGUGGGCGACCCCGACGCCGACGCCGACAACGCCGUGCUGUCCAAGGAGCAGGAGGACCAGAUCGGGCGCGGGUCAAGGGGGGACGUCACCAUCCUGCCCACGCUCGUCAUCAACGACGUCCAGUACAGAGAUAUGGCUGGCAUAUAUGGUAUGUUGGUAUCCAUCAGUGGCAUUUUGCAUGACCAUCUUGGCACAUUGCAAUGGGAAUAUUUAAACCAGUACAGUUCUGAAUUGCUAUUAACCUACAUAUUGAAAUGGUGAAUAUGUUAGCACAUAUUUCUCAUACGUGAAGAGCAUCAGUUGAACUAUAGUCCUCUGAUUAAAUGAAUAAAAUGAGUGUUGGCCUGAAGCUUUUGCUUGUUCAUUCGUAGGAUUCAUCAAGGUGUCCAGUGAACUGUCUAUUAUUCUUGCCUAUUUGCUUUUCAGGUAUUAGGCAUUUUGUACUGAAGCAAACUUGUCUGUUUUCGAUUAUGAUAGCAAACUUGUCUUUCUGUAUUGUGUGAUACAUUCUGAAUAUAUGUUAUCUUGGUAUCCAUCAGUAGCAUUUUGCAUUACCAUCUUGGCACAUUGCAAUGGGGGUAUUUAAAUCAGUACAGUUCAAAAUUGUAGUUGGUGAAUAUGUUGGCCCAUGUUUCUCAUACGUGAGGAGCGUGAGUUGAACUACAGUCCUACUGUUAAAUGAAUGAAAUGAGAGUCUUUGGCCUGUGUUGGCCUGAAGCUUUCGCUUGUUCAUUUGUAUGAUCCAUCAAGGUGUCCAGUCAACUGUCCAUUCUUCUUGCCUAUUUGCUUUUCAGGUAUCAGGCAUUUUGUCCUGAGCAUAAUGAGGUCACUAUCCUUGAGUUAAACAAUUGACAUCAUAUAUGAUGUGAAGCAAUGCCCGGUGUGUAUCUGGGCCAUCUGGCAAAGGCAAGAGAUACCCUACAUGAUUCACACAAAAUAGGCUUCAGGACAAGCAUUGUAAGUAUUGUAUUGGCUUCUGUUUGUUUGCUACGUUUGACAAAUUGCUGGCAGAAGGGAUGGUAUAUCUAUCUUCAGGCUUCAGCAGCCAAAAGUAUAUUAUAUAGUCUAAAAUUCUACUCUGAUCGUGCCGGAAUCGUCAUGGCGAAGCUGCUGCUCGUUCUCUACCUCUGUCACCCCAGCACAUGGAGUGCGGGGAGCGGGGCACGUGUACGAUGGCUUCCUCCAUCCGCUGGUGGCGAGGCACAAGGCCGACAUCGACCGGUCCAGUUGGAGCUGAGUGCGAGAGUGAGGGACGUGACUGUGUCGCAACUCAAGGCGGCGGCUGCCGUCAGUCAGGUGUGGCUCUUCGAGGCUAUCCAAUGUGUUUCGUCGCAGCUGCUGGCCGCGAGAUCAGGCCGGGCAGGCGCCGCACAUUGACGAGUAGUCCAAUUUUCGGAUUGGGCCAUAACAACUUACAUAGGUAGUUGCUUAUGUAACUGUGCGAUAGAAUGGAAUUAUACAUGAGUUGCUGCUACAAGGAGGAACGUAGUUGCUUAUGUAACUGUGCGAUAGAAUGAAAUUAUACAUGAGUUGCUGCUACAAUGAGGAACUGAAGAAGUUACGA